UAAAUGUGUUAACGUGCAUAGUGCUUCUGAAAUUUCACAUUUUCCCAUUUCGAUCUUUUUCCUGUUUGGUGCCGGGGACUUUUCCUCUCCGAUCAGAAAGACAAGCUUCAACCCGUUGCAUUAGCUCUACUGAAAUUGAGUGCCAAAUUUGUCAAUGGCAUCUUCUGCAGACUCAUGGAUGAAGGAAUAUAAUGAAGCAUUAAAACUUGCUGAUGAUAUCAAUGGCAUGAUUUCUGAACGGAGUUCAUUGCCUACAUCAGGACCAGAUGCUCAGCGUCAUGCAUCUGCUAUACGGAGAAAGAUCACAAUAUUAGGGACUAGACUUGAUAGCUUACAGUCCCUUUUGUCGAAGCUUCCUGGAAAGCAGCCCAUAUCAGAGAAAGAGAUGAAUCGUCGCAGGGACAUGCUCGCAAAUUUGAGAUCAAAAGUUAACCAGAUGGCUUCGACAUUGAACAUGUCAAACUUUGCUAACAGAGACAGCUUGAUUGGCCCGGAAAUAAAGCAAGCUGAUGCCAUGAGCAGAGCAGUUGGCUUGGACAACUCUGGCCAUGUUGGGCUUCAACGGCAAAUUAUGAGAGAGCAAGAUGAGGGUCUUGAGAAAUUGGAGGAGACUGUAGUAAGUACAAAACAUAUUGCAUUGGCAGUCAAUGAAGAACUUGACCUACACACUAGGCUGAUUGAUGACUUGGACCAACAUGUGGAAGUUACGGACUCCCGGUUACGGCGGGUUCAGAAGCAUUUGGCAGUUUUGAAUAAGCGCACUAAGGGAGGUUGCUCUUGCAUGUGCAUGCUCUUGUCAAUCAUUGGGAUCGUGGUUCUGGUUGCUGUCAUAUGGAUGCUGAUCAAAUAUUUGUAAAACCAACAAUGGCAAACACCCGCUAUCUUUCUCUUCACGUGUUUGUUGGUGUGAAUCGGUUUUCAUUGUACGUGUUAUCGUUCUAACAAUGUGUCGGCCUUUCUUGUGUUCUUUUGGUGCUUUGUUUGUGAAACGUACUCGCAGAGGUGUCAAGACAAUUUGUAAAUCGUAUUUGUAAUCGGAAUAUACAAGUAUUUAUCUUC